ACGACAGGUCCAAACACCCCCUUCUCUCCGCUAAAUCAUGAAGUUCUUGGCCCUCGCCACCAUCGUGAGCACUGCCUCUGCCUUCCUGGCUCCUGUUCCGAUGCACACCCGUACCCAGGGCCGCAUGUACAUGGCCGACCAGGCUCCUGUGGAUGAGGAAGUGCGGUCCAUCGCCUUGCCGUUCGCUGCCAAGCCGCAGAACUUGAAUGGCGAGCUUGCUGGGGAUGUAGGCUUUGAUCCUUUCAAGUUCUCUGACAAGGGUGAUGUGGCCAAAUUCCGCGUGGCUGAGCUGAAGCAUGUUGGUGUGCUCGUGCAAGAACUUUACCAGUGGAACGAAAACUUUCCCUCCAAGAACUUCCUGGAGGCCCUCAAGACCGCCCCCGCCCUCGGUCUGCUCCAGCUCUUCGUCUUCCUGGGCGCCUAUGACGUAACGACCAGCAAGUUCGAAGGCCGCGUACCCGGCGACAUUGGCUUUGACCCUCUUCGCCUCUCUGCGGAUGGCCUGCGCGAGAACUGGCAGGUGGCGGAGCUGAAGCACGGGCGCUUGGCCAUGAUCGCCUUUUUGGCAUUUGUUGUGCAAGCAUCCAUCUCCGACAAGCCCAUCCUCGAGCAGACCUUUGAGUGGGCGAAAAGCUUCGCCUAA